CUAACAUGUUGUGACUGGAGACCAGCCCGGCCGGGGUUGGGGAUGGGAGUGCGCGCGCCCGGGCAGCCUCGCCGUCGCCCGGCCCCCGCCGCGCCCUCCUUACUCUUGCUAGGAAAUUCCGCCGCUCCAGCGGUCAGCGCGCCAGGACCACCCCUCUCGGGGCAAGGCACCCUCUCGGGGCCGGAAAUGCCGGAGUCCUCGUUCCGGAGGGGCAGGCCACGAGGUUUCCGGGAAAGAAGCGCCGCCCCCCUUCCCCGGCCCCCUGCGACCCGUGGCUAUAAGAGGCGGGGAGGGCGCGCGCUCCACACCUCCCCAAGCCGCUUCCUGGCCUCGGUCCUUCCGCUAUGGCUCCCGACGGUGCCCUGCCCGCGCUGCCCGCGCUGCCCGCGCUCCUGGCCCUGCUCGCCGCGCUGCUGCUCCCAGGACCUGGAGGUGCCCAGACAUGGGUGUCCCCGCAAGAAGCCACCCUACCCCGAGGAGGCUCCGUAGACCUCAACUGCAGCACGGCCUGCCCCCAGCCCACGGGGCUGGGGCUGGAAACGCCGGUGGACAAGGAGCUGGUGUCCGAGGGCGACACCUGGAAGUUGUUCAAGCUGAAAAAUGUUGACCGUGACAGCACUCCGCUCUGCUUCUCCAACUGCCCGGGGCAGGCGCAGACGUCUGCUACUGCCUCCCUCACCGUGUAUGCGUUCCCACAGCACGUGGAGCUGGCGCCGCUGCCCGCCUGGCAGCCCGUGGGGGACAACUUGACUCUGAGCUGCCGGGUGCAGGGUGGGGAGCCCCGGGCGAGGCUCUCGGUGGUGCUGCUGCGCGGGCAGGAGGAGCUGAGCCGGCAGCCAGCGCCCCUGGGGGAGCCCGCGGAGGUCACGGCCACCGUGCAGGCGGGCAGAGAGCACCACGGCGCCAACUUCACGUGCGUGGCGGAGCUGGACCUGCAGCCCCAGGGCGUGGGCUUGUUCAGGAACGCGUCGGAGCCCAGGCAGCUGCGAACUUUCGCCCUGCCCCAGAUGCCCCCGCACCUGGCCGCCAGCCCCCAAAUCCUGGAGGUGGGCUCACAGGGCCGCGUACACUGCUCCCUGGCUGGGCUCUUCCCCGCCUCAGAAGCACAAGUCCAGCUGCAGCUGGGUGGCCGGGAGCUGAACACUACAGUCUCGCACGCCAAGGACUCGGUCAGGGCCACAGCCUCGGUGGAGGUGACGGUGGAGGAGGAAGGCCCCCGGCCACUCGUGUGCACAGUCCUGCUGGGUACCAGGCAACAGGAGGCGAGGACCACCCUGACCGUCUACAGUUUCCCGGCUCCCAACCUGACGCUGAGCCAGCCAGAAGUCUCUGAAGGGACGGAGGUGACCGUGGAGUGUGAGGGCCACCACGGAACCACGGUGACCCUGGACGGUGUCCCUGCCCAGCCGCCAUCCCCGCGGGUCCAGCUGCAGCUGAACGCCAGCGCCAACGACCACGGGCGCCACUUCCUGUGUUCCGUGGCCUUGGACGUGGCUGGGCAGGUGCUCCACAAGAACCAGACCCGGGAGCUACGGGUGCUGUAUGGCCCCAGACUGGACCAGAGGGACUGCCCGGAGAACUUGACGUGGCCAGAAGGCUCCUGGCAGACCCUGAGAUGUCAGGCCCGGGGGAACCCGCUCCCGAAUGUCUCCUGCCAACAUGAGAGCACCCGAAGUCCUCUGCCAAUUGGCAAACCGCAGCCUGUCGAACUGCAGCUGGCUGGCACCUACUGCUGCCGGGCUGUGAGCCCCCACGGGGAGGUCACCCACGUUAUCUCCAUCCAUGUGGUUCCCAAGCCCCUGCUGCCACCGGUACUCAUCAUCCUGGUGGUAGUCCUCGCCCUGCUGGGCAUCGUGGGCACCGCUGGCUACAUCUACAACCGCCAGAGGAAGAUUAAGAAGUAUAAGCUACAGCAGGCCCAGGAGGCGGCCGCCAUGAAGCUAACUGCCGCCCAGCCCUCGCCAUCCUGAGCCCAGGCUCUCUGUUCCGGAUCAGGGGCUCCGGCAGAGCGGGGAAAGGCCUCCCUACCCCAACAUGGACAGAGCAGCCGUCCACCUGCAGAGGCGGACAUAGGCCACUAAGCUACAAGCCAGUUCCUCCGGACACCAAGGGGUGGGGGGUAGAUCAGUGGCCUCCCAGGUCAAGGUCAUGGUUACCUGUGUACCUGGGACUGCCUCAAGCUUCGCACCUGACCAGGUGCAGACCAGGCAGGAGGGAGAAGCUAGGGGCGUGGCAGAGGGCAGGGCCUGGGCCAGCCGGAGGGAGAGUGGAGGGCACGGCCAUCCCGGACGUGCGGCGUGAAAUGCUGACGCUUGCCCCGGGGCCGUCUGGACACGAGUGGACAACGCUGAAACACACCCCUGUCCUCAACCCUUGACGGCAACU